CAGGAAGUGACGCCCCCUGCUGCGCCGCGGAGACUUUUGCUAAGCGGGCGACCUUUAGCCGGCGAUGGAGAACCGAGCGGUGUAUAGUCCCACUACCGAGGAGGCCCCGGGUGCCGGUAGGGGCGCGCGCAGCGGCCUGGCCGCCUGCUUCUCCCUGGGCCGGCUCCCACCGUCUCAUCGCAUUCUCAAAGGCUCGCAGCUGCUGCUGUCCCUGCUGGCCUUCAUCUGUGAAGAGAUUGUGUUCGAGUGCACGCUGUGUGGAGGCUUGUACUUCUUUGAAUUUGUGAGCUGUAGCGCCUUUCUCCUGAGCCUCCUCCUGCUGGUUGUGUACUGCACACCAGUGUAUGACAGAGUUGAUGCUGGAAAAGUCAAAUCAUCGGAUUUUUACAUCACCCUGGGAACAGGGUGUGUGUUUCUAUUGGCGUCUAUCAUUUUUGUUUCUACUCAUACUGGGACAUCACCUGAAAUUGCUGCAAUUGUGUUUGGCUUUAUGGCGAGCCUGAUGUUCCUAUUUGACUUUGGCCUCAUGCUGUAUGAGAAACGGCAGGAGAACCAGCUGAGAAAACCUGAGAACACCACCAGGGCUGGAGCCCUCACAGAGCCACUGAACGGUUAAGAGAGGCUCCUUCCAUGUGACCUGUGUGGACCUGUCUUUUGGAGAGAAGAGGAGGGCAGGGGGCAGCUUCUCAGUGCUGGACUGGGUGGGGGCCCGUCAGUUAGCUCAGAGCGUGUUUUUAAUACUGUAGGGACUUGUCUCAAAUGGAGGAGGCUUUGUUGUUGUUUGUUUGUUUGUUUGUUUUUAAAGAUGAGGACCAUUGUCUUUGAAUUGCAUGUCUGUCAUUUGCUAUAGGACACCCAUCACUAGGCUUAGUUUCCAGACCAUGCGUUCUCUGUCCUUUUAAGAACCGUUUCAUUUUAAAAUCAUUUGCUUCACUAUUAGUUUUUAUAUUAAAUUCUGUUCUGUUGUUGGAGAUUUAAUUUGUAUUUAAGAUGCUGGCGUAGGCCUCUUUCCUUAAUAUAUGACCCUUGUCUUUACUGUAUCUCACUCAGCUUUACACUUGUGUGCUAACCUUUAAAGACAAUUAUUCCUGACCCAUGCAUUGCCUGACAGAAAGCACGUGGGCUGGUGGUGUUUUAUAUGAUAUAAAAACAAUAUCAGCGGCCUUGUGGUUUUUACAUUGCACUCUGGUUGUUGAGGUUACAUUUAAAAGAAAAAGGAAGAUUGUUAUGAAAUGCAGAAAGUUGAAGAAACUGAUCCUACAUCCAAAGACCAAAGAUAGAUUAGACUCUUUGUCCUGGACAGCGGACGUGAUUGCACAGAUAGGCCUGGACCACUUGUCGUGCUGGGUGCACACAUGGAAAUCACAGUUGAUGGUGUCUGUGAUGUGUGCACACACCCAAACCAACAGUUGGUGAUGUUCCUCCUGUGAGUUGGAAACUGGGGGUCUCCCUCCCGGCAGAUGGUCAUGCCUGCUCAAGUGACCCAGCUCUGCAGGCUUCUCUCCUUGUGGCUCACCCACCUGAGCCGCCUCCGUUCUGACCGUCUAGAUAGUCCCUGUGCCACAUCACCAUCUGCUAAGGGACCCUUCACUCUUGCUCUUCCCUCCUCUUCUCACUCAGGUUCAUUCCAACUGUCUCCAGACCAUCCAGACACUUGUGCCCUCCUGUCACCAAAAGUCUGAGGCAGGAACGUCAGGUUCUUCUUCCCAUAGGCCUUUGCUUGAGUUUCUCUCCAGGGGAGGUGUCUUGAGAAAGCAAAUCCAAGAAUCCCUGCUAGUGAAUACUGUUGGUGGUUAAGGAGGCCACAGACUGUUCCUGACACUUUGGAAGGAUUGCUUGUUGCUGUAUGGCUAUCUUAGAGCCACUGGGUACCUUUGUGCCCAAAGGGGACCUUUCUUAUCUUCCUUCUCUGAAGUGGAGGAAUCUGGGCACACAGCUUCUGCUGUUACUGACUCGCUGCCUGAUCUGCUGGCAUCGAGGUUACAUACUAGUGACAUCAUCACACUUGCUUGGGAGAUCAUGAAACCAAUCAUGAAUGUUGCCUUACUGGGCAUGCCACCUAGGAGAAGGGACAGUAGCUCUUGAAACCAGGAAUAGAAUAAUUCGAAAAUUACCGGUUUAUGGCAGACAGUUUUAGAUUGCACAUCAAACUGUGCUGUGGUCACAGUAAAUAUCAUCUAGACCUGUUGAGAAUUAACAGCCAAUCAGGGUGACUUUAGUGUUACCAGCUGUUAGUGUCUGUUACUGUAACAAAAUACCCAUUGGGGCUGGAGAGAUGGCUCAGACUU